UUAGGUCAACCAUUCUUUCUAAUUGUUUGCUGGUACAAAUUGAUGAUUAAAUAAUGAGUAGUACCAGUGCCGAAAGUUCAUUUUCAGCUUCUGAAGGGACUUCAAGUCAAGCUACUCCAGAAACUUCAGACGUUUUUAGCGAGAUUACAGAAUUUUUCACAGAAAAUCAAGAGAUUUUCAUAAAGACUGGCAUUGGAACGGGGGGAUUCCUGCUGGGAAUAAUCUUAAUGUUGAUUGUUUCCAAAUGUAAGAGAAAAAAGGAAACAGAAGUUAGUAACACGUCAAACAAUGGCGUGAUUACAAAUGGACGUACACAGGAAGAGAUGGACAGCCUGCUGCAAAAGUAUAUCAAUGACGCCAACACUAUGAAAAAACAAUGGCAGAACACAUCAUCCCAGAUUUAUACUUCUCAGCAGCAUGCAUCUUAUGUCGAAGACGAUUUACCCCUGCAAUCAAUGGAUAUUGUACACAUCAGCCAUCAAGAAUCUACAGUUAACUAUCCAUCAGCGAAUGAACAAGUACCACAAAGUGAAUACACCAACAGUGGUGUGGUUCAAAGUUACAGAGAUGAAGACAUUAACGGAGCGAACGAGGGUACUGCGAGGGGUGAAAAUUAUUUUCUUCUACAGAAAGACUUCGUGGAAAUAAAUGGAAUGCACAAUGAGACUGUCCCACAUGGAUAUAGCGCGGACAAUUACUUUCUGUUAGAAAAAGAUUUUGUUGAAGGCACUGAUUUACAGGAUUUAGAGGAUCAGAGCCAAUUUACCGUGAUGUAAUAUAUUUAUAAAUUCAUGUGAGUUUCACAGGAAACAAGUAUCUCUUAAUAUUUGAAUCGAAACAGAUAUUAAAAAAUACAGUAAAACCCUAUUACAGUACAUGUAUAUGCAAUUAAUUAACACUUAAAUUGUAGUCAUUUUCUUUCCUUGUAGUUUUAAAAUAUAAAAUUAACUUCAUAAUAGAAAUACAUGUAUAGAAUUUGAUUCGUCCUUGGUGCUCAUUGUUAGCUUGUGCUACUGUAUGUAAAUUCAAGCUUUUCAGAAAACAAUGACCCAUAUGUCUUUGCAUCCCUAUCAUGUAACAAUGCUUCAUCAAAAGUAUCAACAAAGUAAGUUUCUAAAUGACAUGUUUCCAUGAGGGAUUUUUCUGAUAAUGAAGCACAUUUAAGGUACAAAAAAUGUAUAUAUUUACCUCCUUCAUUGGUAGCAAUUCUCAAUUUGUGAAUUGCUGGUGAUUAACAUAUGCAAAUAGACAAAUUUUUAAGCGUCAUUUAAAAAAAAAUACA